UACACUGAAGCUCUUUAUAUGUGCUCUAUAAUAGCUGCAGUUUCUCUUUGUCAGGGACAUAAUAUAUCAGGAAAAGAUCUCCGUGUUCAUUGUUCCUUAAAUAUCAACACAGAGACAGGACGCUUGUCAGCAAGAAGGCCAAAUCUGCAGAAUCAACCUGCUCUAGAAAAGGAUCGAUACAAAAUCCGUCAAGCAUUCAUUGCUGCACCCAGGAAUUCUCUUAUAGUUGCUGAUUAUGGACAGCUGGAACUUAGGAUUCUGGCACACCUUGCAGACUGUAAGAGCAUGUUGGAAGCUUUUGAAGCUGGUGGAGAUUUCCAUUCAAGGACUGCAAUGAAUAUGUACCCACAUAUUCGUGAAGCAGUUGAAAAAAAGGAAGUGCUUCUUGAGUGGCAUCCUCAGCCUGGUGAAGAUAAACCCCCAGUUCCUCUUUUGAAGGAUGCCUUUGCUUCUGAAAGAAGAAAAGCUAAAAUGCUUAACUUCUCAAUUGCAUAUGGGAAGACUCCUAUGGGGCUUUCCAAGGAUUGGAAGGUACCCUGAAAUGUUACUUAUUAU